AAAACGUGCCACCAACUCUCCAAGUCUCCCUUUGCCGAUUUCCUUUGUCUAAAACUCGGACGAGGAUAGAGAGAUAGACUAACUUGGUUGGCUUGAUCCAUUGAUCCCUGAAAACAAAAAGUGGCAGGAAGGAAACUCAGUGAGAAACCAAUGGGUGCAGCAGCCAGUUCGUCGACCAUCGUGCCAGAGGCCACCGAUCGAGACUUUGACCAUGUGCAUCGAAUCCCUGCGAGUGUCAUGGUGGACAGCUUCAAGGCGGGUACCCAACCGGGAGAAGUCUACGAGCUCAACAUGAAGACCAACCCGCGAGGACGAAUCACAUAUGCCAAUGACGCCACAACCUUUCCACUCAAAAUCAAGGGUGGCUCUCGAAUGCUCUUGGAAGAUCGGGAGACCAAAAAGGUGCAUGCCUUCAUUUAUCGAGGAGACGGAAAUCAGUACCAAAUCUACUCCCUCAAGCCUUGUCACGAGGGUCAAGAACACAGUACCAACCGACAGAAUCCUGGCCAGCAGCUCUAUGAAUGGGCCACGAUCAAGCAAGUGAAAGACAAAAAACAAUGCUACCAGAUGGAAUCUCGGGAUUACCCCAAAAAUCCCACGGUAUACACGGCACAACCAACCAGAAGUGGAAAUUCACUCCUGGUGGAAUGCGGGAGACUGACGUGUGGCAUGAUUAAACGAGGGAGAAACGAAGAUGGAAGCUUUAGUGAUCCUUUUUGGAAUAUCAAAAUUGGACCCGGAAUUGAUCCAGCGCUCUUCUUGUGCUUUGUAGCCAUUGUCGAUGAACUCCUGAUGAACGGCAGCAGCAGUCGCUGAGUACAUGAUGGCUUUGUUUUUGAGAGUUCGCUGCAAACGCAACUUGUUGCCGUCCACAAAGUGCGAUACCCAUGCUGCCAACCCGGCUUCUCCCUUGCAACGUGUUCCACUUUGGAAGUAGAAUGAAUGUUGCAAGCUAGAAGACUGACGGGUCAAACGGUAAACUGAGCUCGUUCCCUUGCAACUAGCUAUUACUAGUGCUUUUUAAAGAGUGAUGGCGC